AUGGAGGAGCUGUCUGGCAUUGCCUGGCUGCAGCCCCAGGAGGCCAAAGAGGGGCUGUUGGAUAUACGGCUGUUGGGGUUUGAAGGACGAGACGAAGCCACGGACCUUGCUCUGCUAGGACUGGGAUCUAGCACAGCCAUGGCCUCCGGCAUGGGUGGCCUCAACAGCCUCGACCUACUGGACCUCCUCUUCGAUCGUGAGGAUGGGAUCCUCCACAGCAUGGAGCUGCGGAUGCCCAUGGGCUCCUGGCAAGGAGACAUGCGUACCCAGGACAGUGACGACUUCCUUAGCUCCAUCCUGGGCUCUGGGGACUCAGCAUCGGAUUCUCCCAGCUGGUCACCAGCUGCCAGCGACAGUGGGGUCUCUGAGGACCCCCCCUCUGACCAGCUCGACAGCCCCCUGGGGUGCUGCAACGGAGGGCCUGGCGAGGUCACCUACCCCUAUCCUGACCCCUGCCAGCCCCUGCCACUGCUGGAGGUGCCUGGGGCCCCACGCCCUGAGGUCUCCAUUGACCUAGACAUGUGGCACCCUGGCUAUUUCCUGGAGGAGAGCCAGAACCCACCCAUGCCCCCUGUGCCCACAUCCUGCACCCUCACCGUCAAGGACCUGCUGCUCUCAGGCAACUCUGAUCCUCAGCUGCCAGUUUCCAGUUCUCUGCUGCGGCAGAGCCAGGGGCAGUGCCAGGAGCUGGUGCUGACGGAGGAUGAGAAGAAGCUGCUGGCAAAGGAGGGGGUGUCCCUGCCCACGCAGCUGCCCCUCACCAAGUACGAGGAGCGGGUUCUGAAGAAGAUCCGGAGGAAGAUCCGGAACAAGCAGUCAGCUCAAGAGAGCCGCAAGAAGAAGAAGGAGUAUAUUGAUGGGCUGGAGAGCCGGAUGUCGGCAUGCACAGCCCAGAACCAGGAGCUGCAGAGGAAGGUCCUGCAUCUGGAGAAGCAGAACUCGUCCCUCCUGGAGCAGCUGAAGAAACUCCAGGCCCUUGUGGUGCAGUCGACCAACAAGGCAGCACAGACAGGCACCUGCAUUGUGGUCCUGCUGCUCUCCUUCGCACUCAUUGUCUUCCCCUCCGUCAGCCCAUUUGCCUCCAGCAAGGCCGAACCAGACAGCGAUUUCGGGCCAGUGCGAGUUUUCUCCAGGUCCCUGCACAAUGCAGCAGCCUCGCGUGUGGCUUAUGCACAGCCCCAGCCUGGAGAUGAGAAGCCUACAGAGCCACUGUGGCCUGAGCACCCAGGUGAAGCACCUGAAACCCUGCACAAAGUCUUUAGCAGCCACAUGUUUGCCCCACACCUGGACAGAGCCUCUCCCCGCAAUGGCACACAGUCGCUUGUCCCAGCAGUGCUGAGCCACAGUGAUGGGGACGGCAUCAUGCCGAAGGAUGGUGUUGCACCAUCACUUGCCUGGACCAAGGACAGCCACGGUGGGCCAAAAGUGCUUGAGCCAGCUGAGGAGCUUUAA